UUAAGUCUAAACUAAAAGUCUUGAAAAGCCAUCAAAUUAUGUUUCGAUUUGCAAAUUAUGUCUUCAGAGGUGAUGUCGACUCCAAUGACAAUGGAAACGAUGAAAAUAUUGAUCUAAACGAGAGUCCAGUCGAUGACGAUUGGAUACUUAUUGAUGUACCAUUUAAUGGUCACGAAGACAACUUCAAGACUGCAAACCAAUUGCAAACAAUUGCUGCCAAUUAUGAGACAACGAAUACUUCAGUGCCUCAAACUGUGGACAACAACACUUGUAACGCACAAACACCACAAUUAAUUGAUAGUCCGGCACCCAUUGGGAGUCAUAAUAUGGACGAGAGUUGGUUUAUUACACCCCCGCCCUGUUUCAACAGUCUCUGCAAUACUGUUAUUGUUGAGACGACACCGUUGGAGAACCUGCUGAUAGAGCACCCGAGUAUCAGUGUGUUUGGACCCUCACUGCCGCCCAUUGAUCACAGAUCACUCCAUUCUGACCAAACAUUACCACACACUUCAUCAACACCUUCAACAGUCAUGUCUUCCAAUGACUCAAAUCUUGUGACACAAAUUCAGUCACGAAGACAAUUGAGACAAUUAAGACGUCAACAACAACAGCACCUACAGAGCAGAAACACUAACCAAAAUACGGUUAACUCAUUCCUAAGAACAGGUAUAUUGGAUGAGUUGAACGUAUUGUCUACAAUGCAAAGACAGGAAGUGACACAAAUGCGAAAGUCAUUGACCAAAGCAAAUAUGGAUCGACAGAAUAAAGUGUUGUCCCUCACAAACAACAGACCCGACACUAAACGAUCAAAAAUGUCGGUCAGACCUAACGGUAUUUAUAAUAACAGAAAACAUUGCUGACCAUCACAUAACAGUAAUGUCAAUACAAUUAUUAGUUAAUUGUAUUUUAUAAGCAUAACACACAUAUUUCACACUAUGUCUCAGCUUUUAAAAAACAUAUAUUUAUUUGAAACCCUUAGAAUUUAACUCAUUAUAUUAUUAAUGUUGAUUUUAAUUAAUAUUCAAUAUAUUAAGUUAAAC